AUCUGCGAAUUGUUUAGACAGAGAGAUAGAGAGGGAGAGAAACGCCUAAGGAAAAUGGCCAACAGUCACACCGAUGACUUAGACGAGCUUCUCGAUAGUGCAUUGGAUGAUUUCAAAGAUCUCAAUCUUUCUCAAAGAAAUCAAAGGGAAGCGCAAGAGGAGGAGAAGAAGAAGAAAGAAGAGACGGUUCUAUUACCGAGUGGAGUUCAAGGUCUUGGAAUGGGAUUACCAGAUAUGAGAAACAAGAAGAAAGGAAAACAAAAGGUUUCGAAAGAGGAUCAUGUUGCUGAAGCUCUUGAUAAGCUUAGGGAACAAACUAGGGAAACUGUCAAAGGAUUGGAAUCCAUUUCUUCUAAGCAGCUGCCAGCUUCUGAUGAUGAUGGAAUGGUUGAGGAUAUUCUCAAGCAAUUCGAGGAUCUUACUGGAUCCAAGGACUUGGAAUCAAUAGUCGAAACGAUGAUGCAACAGCUAUUGUCGAAGGAUAUUCUCCACGAGCCAAUGAAGGAGCUUGGUGCAAGAUAUCCAAAAUGGCUAAAAGAGAAUGAAGCCAGUCUAAGCAAAGAAGACUACAAACGUUAUUCACAACAGUACAAACUAAUAGAAGAACUCAAUGCGGUGUACGAGAAUGAACCGAACAAUUCAUCUAAGAUAAUGGAGAUCAUGCAGAAGAUGCAAGAAUGUGGACAACCCCCAAGUGAUAUAGUUAAAGAGAUCGAUCCCGGGUUUGAUUUCGCAAGUCUAGGCCAAAUUAUGGACCAUCAAGUGUCUCUGCCACAAUCUACCACCACUGGUCUCUCUUUCAAGGUGCAUCGCCAGCAGCCGGAGCUAAUCACUCCGGCUAAACCAACGCCACGAGAGCUCAAGCCUCUCUCCGACAUAGAUGACCAACAAGGACUAAGAUUUCAAAUUCCAGUUAUAUUUUUCUAUAGACCUAACCUUUCAAGUGAUCUUGAUCCGGUCCAAGUGAUAAAGAAAGCCCUCGCCGAUGCACUGGUUUACUACUAUCCGUUCGCUGGUAGGCUCCGGGAACUUUCAAACCGGAAACUCGCGGUGGAUUGCACCGGUGAAGGCGUUUUGUUCAUCGAGGCUGAAGCUGACGUGUCGCUUGCUGAGUUGGAGGAGGCUGGUGCUCUUCUUCCCCCGUUCCCUUGCCUAGAAGAACUUCUCUUUGAUGUGGAAGGCUCUAGUGAUGUCCUUAACACUCCUCUCCUUCUCGUCCAGGUCACGCGCUUGAAAUGCUGCGGAUUUAUCUUUGCCCUCCGCUUCAACCAUACCAUGACCGAUGGAGCCGGCCUCUCGCUCUUUCUGAAAUCACUAUGCGAGAUGGCGUGUGGGCUUCACGCACCCUCGGUUCCACCAGUAUGGGACCGACACUUGUUGACUGUGAGUGCUUCGGAGGCGCUUGUGACUCACACACACCGUGAGUAUGAAGAACAGGUGGCCAUCGAUGUGGUCGCCACUGGAGACCCUUUGGUUAGCCGGUCUUUCUUUUUCAGGGCGGAAGAGAUUUCCGCCAUACGGAAACUCCUUCCGUCCGAUCUCCGCAAUACCUCAUUUGAAGCCUUGUCGUCAUUUUUGUGGCGUUGUCGAACAAUUGCGUUGAAUCCUGACCCCAACACUGAGAUGCGACUAACUUGCAUCAUCAACUCGCGUUCCAAGCUUAGCAACCCACCGCUAUCGCCGGGAUACUACGGAAAUGUGUUUGUCAUUCCCGCGGCAAUAGCGACAGCAAGAGAUCUUAUGGAGAAACCGCUUGAGUUUGCUUUGAGGUUGAUACAAGAAACGAAGUCAAGUGUGACCGAGAACUAUGUCCGCUCAGUGACGGCCCUAAUGGCGACUAGAGGCCGGCCUAUGUUUGUGACAGCGGGGAACUACAUAAUAUCGGAUUUGAGACAUUUUGAUUUAGGAAAAGUUGACUUUGGACCGUGGGGUAAGCCAGUGUACGGUGGAACCGCUAAGGCCGGUAUCGCGCUUUUUCCAGGAGUGAGCUUCUACGUGCCGUUUAAGAAUAAAAAAGGUGAGACGGGUACCGUUGUGGCGAUUAGCUUGCCGGUGCGGGCAAUGGAGAGGUUCGUAGCAGAGCUAAAUGGAGUGCUAAACGUUUUUAUGUCUUCGCUCUAAGAGCUUAGUCGAUACGUUAUUAGUAAUGUAGUAAAUAUUUCCUAUCUUU